UUUUUUUUUUUUUUUUUGUCCUCCAAUGCUGCGACGCAUUAACCCUGCUGCUAUUGGGAUGUUCUCUGCUCAGCCUAUUGGCUGAACCUAGGAGCUGCUGUCUGCCAAUCGGGUGGUGGAAGGCAGACAAAUCUACCCCGCCACCAGCAAAAACGGCCUGUAACCCUUGCGGUGCCGGCCCAGCCGCGCCAGAGCUGGCGCCACGAAGAGAGAUAGGUGUCUCCAGCUGCUGUUGCCGUUUGGGGCGGGUCGGCUUCUUCUGCUUCCCAGGACCAGGUAGAGGACUAACGGGAAGCAGCAAUGCUCCGCAAGGUGGGAAGCUGGGUAGAAAUCUUCUGGGGGGCCACCCUUUUGUUCCUCAUUUGCCACCUGGGUUACGUUUGUGGGCAGAUCCGCUACCCGGUCCCAGAGGAGUCACAAGAAGGGACUUUUGUAGGGAAUGUCGCCCAAGAUUUCUUGCUGGAUACAGAGACUCUGUCAGCUCGUAGGCUGCAGGUUGCUGGAGAGGUGAACCAAAGACACUUCCGUGUGGAUUUGGACAGUGGAGCCCUGCUCAUCAAGAAUCCAAUUGAUCGAGAGGCACUGUGUGGACUCAGUGCCAGCUGCAUCGUGCCCCUGGAGUUUGUAACUGAAGGGCCUUUGGAAAUGUACCGAGCGGAGGUAGAGAUUGUGGAUGUGAAUGAUCACGCCCCCCGAUUUCCUCGGCAGCAGCUAGACUUGGAAAUUGGGGAGGCAGCUCCUCCAGGACAGCGUUUCCCCUUGGAAAAGGCUCAGGAUGCAGAUGUGGGGAGCAAUUCUAUCAGCAGCUAUAGACUAAGCUCCAAUGAACACUUUGCACUGGAUGUCAAGAAGCGCAGCGACGGCAGCCUGGUCCCAGAGCUGCUCCUGGAGAAGCCUUUGGAUCGAGAGAAGCAAUCAGACUACCGCCUGGUGCUGACUGCUGUAGAUGGAGGGAACCCCCCGAGAUCUGGCACUGCAGAGCUCCGGGUAUCAGUGCUGGACGUGAAUGACAACGCCCCAGCCUUCCAGCAAUCCAGCUACAGGAUUAGUGUGUUGGAGAGUGCUCCUGCCGGCAUGCUGCUCAUCCAGCUCAAUGCCUCUGACCCAGACCUGGGUCCCAGUGGUAACGUCACCUUUUCUUUCAGUGGUCACACCCCUGAUCGUGUGAGAAACCUCUUUAGCCUUCACCCUACUACUGGAAAGCUUACCCUUCAGGGGCCCCUAGACUUUGAGAGUGAGAAUUACUAUGAAUUUGAUAUUCGGGCUCGCGAUGGGGGUUCUCCAGCCAUGGAGCAACAUUGCAGCCUUCGGGUGGAUCUCCUAGAUGUAAAUGACAAUGCCCCCCACAUCACAGUGACCUCAGAGCUUGGGACUCUUCCAGAGAGCGCAGAACCUGGCACUGUAGUGGCACUCAUCAGUGUGCAGGACCCUGACUCAGGGUCAAAUGGAGACGUGAGCCUCCGUAUUCCUGACCACUUGCCAUUUGCCCUCAAGUCUGCCUUCAGGAACCAGUUCUCCUUGGUGACUUCUGGGCCCUUGGACCGAGAGGCCAAAUCCAGCUAUGACAUCAUGGUCACUGCUUCCGAUGCUGGGAAUCCUCCCCUGAGUACCCAGAGGAGUAUUUUCCUCAAUAUUUCGGAUGUGAAUGAUAACCCACCCUCUUUCUUCCAGAGGUCACAUGAGGUGUUUGUUCCUGAGAACAAUCGCCCAGGGGACCUGCUUUGUUCCCUUGCAGCCUCUGAUCCAGACUCUGGCUUGAAUGCACUCAUCUCCUACUCUCUCUUGGAGCCCAGAAAUCGAGAUGUGUCAGCUUCUUCUUUCAUCUCUCUGAACCCCCAAACAGGAGCUGUUCAUGCUACUCGAUCCUUUGACUAUGAACAAACACAGACAUUGCAAUUUGAGGUGCAGGCCCGGGAUCGGGGCAACCCACCUCUUAGUAGCACUGUGACAGUUCGUCUGUUUGUGCUGGACCUCAAUGACAAUGCCCCAGCUGUGCUGCGUCCUAGGGCCCGGCCUGGUUCUUUAUGUCCGCAAGCUCUGCCUCCAUCAGUUGGUGCUGGCCAUCUAGUCACAAAGGUCACUGCUGUGGACUUGGAUUCAGGUUACAAUGCUUGGGUUUCCUAUCAGCUCCUGGAGGCCCCAGACCCCAGCCUGUUUGCUGUCUCUCGCUAUGCUGGGGAGGUUCGGACGGCAGUUCCCAUCCCAGCUGAUCUCCCACCACAGAAGCUGGUCAUUGUAGUAAAGGAUAGUGGUAGUCCACCACUCUCUACCUCUGUUACUCUACUGGUUUCCUUGGAGGAAGAUACUCAUCCAGUUGUCCCUGAUCUUCGGGAAUCUUCAGCUCCAAGGGAAGGAGAAUCCCGCCUGACCCUCUAUUUGGCUGUAUCACUAGUGGCAAUUUGCUUUGUCUCCUUUGGCUCAUUCGUUGCACUACUGUCUAAGUGUUUGCGUGGGGCUGCCUGUGGAGUGACCUGCUUUCCUGCUGGCACCUGUGCCUGUCUCACCCGAUCUCGAAGGAGGGAGGGGCUUCCUCCUUCCAAUGGGAUCCUGCGAAUCCAGCUAGGGUCAGAUGAUCCUAUCAAGUUUGUUGAUGUGGGCGGCCACUCUCAUGGCUGUACACCCUUGGCUUCUGCACCCACUCGGAGCGAUAGCUUCAUGAUGGUGAAGUCACCCAGUGCACCUAUGGCAGGGGAGCCUGUUCGCCCAAGCUGCCCACCCUCUGAUCUUCUGUAUGGGCUAGAGGUGAGACCUUUGCAGGCUCAGCCAGUGCUUGAGAGUUACUCUGAUCCAAGCAUAUGGCUGGGUCAUGUCCCUGGGACUGUUGGUCUCUCUGCAAGAGCCCAUAGUGAGUGGUAACUAUGUCGUAGGUGGUGUGCUUUAGAAGUAUUUUGUGAAUAACCAGGAAGUUGUCACAGAUUAGUACUUGAGGUGGAUUAUGUACCUGAAGGUAAGAAAUGAAGGUAAUGAUCAAGAGCCAGGGUAUUGUGGAAGCAUGGUGCCAGAAUGUGGGAACGUAGAAGGCUAUCCUGUACAAGGGUAGGAUGUAUCAGGCAGUCACCUAAACCCAAGAGGUUGCUUUCUCUUCCUGAAUGAGGGGGGCAGGUUCUGGACUACCUUAACUCUAGGUUACCAUUUCCCAAUGAAUCUAGGGUGACUGCUGUAUUUGCCCCACAAUAUUAAGUACCUCCUAACCCACCAUAGAGAGAUCUCGCUGCUUGAAACAGCAGAGAGCACAAAGAGGGGAGAGCUGAAGGGGAAGUAGGGAGGCAUCAGGAUGCAAGCAGAGAUCUUUUAGUCCAAGUCUUCAGGAAUCCCAUUCAGGUUCCCACUGAGAUUUGAGCUAGAUGCAAAAGAAUUGGGGGCAGGGGAGCAUUACUUCUUUGGUGGGGGGAAAGCAACAUGUGAGUAAAAUCACUUCAUGUCAGAAAACUGGUUUACAGCUGAGGAACUCAGAGGCAGCCCCUCUGGAAGUCUUUAAGUAGACUUUUGAAUUGGUGCAACCAUAAAUUCUAGAGACAAUGCCUGGUUUCUACUCACUCUCCUGGGUGACCUGAAUCAGUUCCAGGAAUGUUCCCCCUACUAAAAGCUGUUAUGCUCAUUCCAUAGCUUAAGUCGGGGAUCUCAUAAAAGCUGAAUCCUGUAACCAUCAGCUGACAUUGAGAUUCCUCAAAGCAUUGAUGGAGAGUCAGAGCAAGGCUUUACAGGAUCCUAACAAAUGGUUUCUCUCACCUCAGCCAUGUUUGGCAGAAUGGCGUGGGUGGGGGGUGGGGGGGUUCACAUGGCUUUGCCUCCCCUGGAAGGACAAAAUUUUGUUGGUUUAACAAAGUAGUGGAAACUUCUAAAGUCCUGAGGGAAGUUGCUGGGACAGAACACUGAGAAGUUUUGUACCACUUUGUCUUCCCUGUUGAGAACCAUCUGAGCUGUCAAACUUUGCUGCCAAGGGGGCUGAAUCAACCUGCAGCAUGAAAUGAGUGGGGAGGUAGGAGGCUUCAUUGACACAGAUUUGCCUGUUCCUAAGGUUUCCAGGACUGAGGGGACUUCAUAAUUGGUUGAGAGCAGACAGACUUUUUGGCCAAUCAGACUCAGAGCAGAGGUGGGGGAUCUGCUCUUCCUGCCCACCUCUCCUCCUCCUGUUCCCCAGCUCCACUCAGAUUCAGUUCCCCUCCCCCCCCACCCACCCCCGCCAUUUGGUGACUAAGAAGAACUGCUGCAGGCAGACAUACCUCGGAGCAGUUUUUAAGAGGCUGGAAGGAGACAUAAGAGAUUUCAGCUGCUACAUUCCAAGACCUGGGUCUGCCUUGGAGACAGGACAGCACAGAGUCAGUGUCCAGGAAGGGACCUCUGGGUCAUGGGGCCCAAGACACCCCCACAGCUCGCUGGGAAAUGGCAAGUGCUGUGCAUGUUGUCGUUGUGCUGCUGGGGCUGGGUGUCCGGGCAGCUUCGUUACUCAGUGGUGGAGGAGUCUGAGCCGGGGACGCUGGUGGGGAAUGUUGCUCAGGAUCUAGGCUUAAAGGUGACAGAUCUGUUGAGCCGCCGACUGCGGUUGGGGUCUGAGGAGAAUGGACACUUUUUUUCCCUGAGCUUGAUGAGUGGUGCUCUGGCAGUGAAUCAAAAGAUUGACCGAGAGAGCCUAUGUGGAGCCAGUACAAGCUGCCUGCUGCCAAUACAGGUGGUGACUGAACACCCCCUGGAACUAAUCCGCGUAGAGGUAGAGAUCCUGGAUCUCAAUGACAACUCUCCUGGCUUUGCCACCUCUGAGCGAGAGAUACGCAUCUCAGAAUCAGCUGCGCUUGGGGCCCGAUUCCCACUGGAUAGUGCCCAGGAUCCGGACGUGGGCACCAAUACUGUGAGCUUCUACACUCUAAGCCCCAGCAGCCAUUUCUUUCUGAAUGUGAAGACCCUAAAAGAUGGGAAGCUAUUCCCAGAGCUGGUGCUGGAGCAGCAGCUGGACCGUGAAGCCCAGGCAAGACAUCAGCUGGUGCUCACUGCUGUGGAUGGGGGUAUCCCAGCCCGCUCAGGGACGACCCUUAUCUCUGUCAUUGUACUGGACAUUAAUGAUAAUGCUCCGACUUUCCAGUCCUCAGUUCUACGUGUGGGGCUCCCAGAAAAUGCACCCAUGGGUACACUGCUGCUCCGCCUCAAUGCCACUGAUCCGGACGAGGGCACCAAUGGCCAACUAGACUACUCUUUUGGAGACCAUACAUCAGAAGUGGUGCGUAACAUCUUUGGCCUAGACCCUAGCAGUGGAGCAAUCCACGUGUUGGGUCCCAUAGACUUUGAGGAGUCAAGUUUCUAUGAAAUUCAUGCAAGAGCCCGUGACCAGGGACAGCCAGCUAUGGAAGGCCACUGCAUGAUUCAAGUGGAUGUGGAAGAUGCCAAUGACAACGCCCCAGAGGUACUGCUAGCCUCUCUGGUCAACCCUAUCCUGGAGAGCACACCAGUGGGCACAGUAGUGGGCUUGUUUAAUGUGCGGGACCGAGACUCGGGGAGAAAUGGUGAAGUGAGCCUUGAUAUCUCCCCGGACCUGCCAUUUCAGAUUAAGCCUUCUGAAAACCACUACUCACUGCUAACCAGCCAGCCUUUGGACCGGGAGACCACAUCCCACUAUGUCAUUGAGCUACUUGCUAGUGAUGCAGGCUCACCUCCCCUGCAUGCACAUCUCACCAUCCGGCUCAACAUUUCAGAUGUUAAUGACAAUGCACCCUACUUUUCUCAACAGCUCUAUACUGCUUACAUCCCUGAAAACCGGCCUCCAGGUUCCCUUCUUUGCACUGUGGCUGCCUCAGACCCAGACACUGGUGAUAAUGCCCAUCUCACCUACUCCAUUGUAGGGAAUCAGAUUCAGGGAGCCCCAGCUUCCUCCUUUGUAUAUGUCAACCCUGAGGAUGGGCGGGUCUUUGCCCAGCGCACCUUUGACUACGAAUUGUUGCAAAUGAUGCACAUCAUGGUGGGUGUGCGAGACUCUGGCUCUCCCCCAUUGCACUCGAACACAUCUCUGCAUGUGUUUGUCCUGGAUCAGAAUGAUAAUGCACCAGCGGUGCUGCACCCAAGACCCGGCUGGGAACUCUCAGUCCCCCAACGUCUCCCUCGCUCUGCUCCUCCUGGCUCCUUGGUCACCAAAGUGACAGCUGUGGAUGCUGAUGCUGGCCACAAUGCAUGGCUCUCCUAUUCACUGUUGCCACAGUCUACAGCUCCAGGACUGUUCCUGGUGUCUGCACAUACUGGGGAGGUGCGCACAGCCCGGGCCUUACGGGAAGAUGACUCUAACACCCAGCAGGUUGUGAUCCUGGUGAGGGACAAUGGUGACCCUUCUCUCUCCUCUACAGCCACAGUGUUGCUGGUUCUGGAGGAUGAGGACCCUGAGGAAAUGCCCAAAUCCAACGAUUUCCUCACACUCCCUCCUGAGCGUUCAGACCUUACCCUUUACCUCAUUGUGGCUCUUGCAGCCAUCAGUCUCUUAUCCUUAGUAACCUUCACCUUUCUGUCAGCUAAAUGCCUUCGGGGGCACACAGAUGAGGAUGGGGGUGGGGGCCAGUGCUGUAGGUACCAGGACUCGCCCUCUCGGGACUUCUAUAAGCAGUCCAGUCCCAACCUGCAAGUGAGCUCAGACGGCACACUCAAGUACAUGGAGGUGACACUGCGGCCCACAGACUCACAGAGCCACUGCUACAGGACGUGCUUUUCACCAGCCUCGGAUGGCAGUGACUUCACUUUUCUAAGGCCCCUCAGUGUCCAGCAGCCCUCAGCGCUGGUGCUGGAGCCUGAUGCCUUCCGGUCCCGCUCUAAUACGCUGCGGGAGCGGAGCCAGCAAGCCCCGCCCAACACGGACUGGCGAUUCUCUCAGGCCCAGAGACCUGGCACCAGCGGCUCCCAAAAUGGCGAUGAAACCGGCACUUGGCCCAACAACCAGUUUGACACAGAGAUGCUUCAAGCCAUGAUCUUGGCCUCUGCCAGUGAAGCUGCUGAUGGGGGCUCCACCCUGGGAGGGGGCGCUGGCACCAUGGGCCUGAGUGCCCGCUACGGGCCCCAGUUUACCCUGCAGCACGUGCCGGACUACCGCCAGAACGUCUACAUCCCCGGCAGUAACGCCACACUGACCAACGCGGCUGGCAAGCGAGAUGGCAAGGCCCCCACCGGUGGCAAUGGCAACAAGAAGAAGUCAGGCAAAAAAGAGAAGAAGUAACGUGGAGGCCAGGCCAAGAGCCACGGGGCAACUUCCCUCCCCAACCAGCCCAGCCUCUCCGUAUCUGUACCCAGGCCUCAUAUUUUCAGGGCUCACCCCCAGAUACUGGUAGGGGUCCAGGCCAUGCUCCCUUUGAGAAACAGAAACAAGUGCCCAGUCAACACCCCCCUCUCUGCCCCCAAGGGAUUGAAUAUGCAAAAGGGAGUUCUGCUGGGAACCCCCAUCCAGUCAAUUGCUGUGCCCAUGGGGGUAGUGGGGUUAGUGUAGACACCAUUUAUCACACCCCCUUUAGUUACAGCUAAACUUUGCCAUCUUCCAAAUUCAAUCAGGCCCAUCCACAAUUCCCUGCCUCGCUCCUGUCACCCCACCCCCUCAGCAGCUCCUCUUUCUUGAAUAAGGUGGUUGGGGUGUUGAGGUACCUGGUGACCUAAAAAGGCUCGUAGUUCUGAAGAGUUGGAAGGGCGUCAUAACCUCUUGGCCUCUCCAGUUCUCAGACUGCCCCCAAAGCAUGGUUUGGUGCCCGUCCCUUCAUCUCCUUCCAGAGCCCAAGACCAAGCUCAAGUUUUGGCAGACAUGGUCACCAUUGCCAUGGUACUGACGCUUGCUGGAUUUAGGGAGGGCACUUUGCUACCGUGCCUCUUCCCAGCGCCCUUGGGACCAGUCUUUUGUUCUGUUUUUCAUUGUUUGAUGUUCCCGCUGCAUGCCGUGACUUCCCCCUCUCCAAACAAGAGACUUCAUUGCAUGUUCCAAGACAGUAUGGGGUGGUAAGAUAAAGAAGGGAAGGGUGUGGAUAUAGGGGAUGGACAAAGCUUGACUUGCCAGUUAUCAGGAUCUUGCAGAAGGCUCUGUGUCCCCAGGGUACUGGCCAGAUCCCCAAUUCCAGCCAUAAACCAAGUACCAGGCUGGACUCUCGUUUACCACAUUCAAGGCUUGCUCACUCACCUCAGGCAGUGAGCUUUGGGCUGAGCUAUUAGCACCAAUGGAUUUAAACUGGCAUUAUAGUCAAAGGAAGGUCUGAGGACGUUUGGGACCAGGUCCCCUGGAGAGGUAAGAGGGCCCUCUGUGGGUGCUGGGUACUCCAGAGGUGCCACAGGUAGAAGAAUCAGUGUGGCCCUAGCAGUGAGGCAGGGCCAGCUAGGCGGUUCUUGGUCCCUGGGUUGGGGAGGCAUGGAGCUACAGCAGGGACCAGGUGGACAGAAAGUCUCAGCCUAGGAUCCGGGCUUCUCCACAGGGCCCCUGCACUCCUCCAGCCUCUGUUCCUUCAUCUUGCCAGGUGCCAUUUCUUCUCCGUGAAGGCCAAUGCCCAGCCUCCCCCCACCCCCCACCCAGUCUGCUCCCUAGUGGCCAGAGCCUGGUUAAAGUCCCCCAGUGCCUCCUUGUGCAUAGACCUUUCUCUGCCCAUCCCCUUCUGCCCACCCCCUCCCCCAGGCCCGUACCUCCAGUGGGGCUGCGCAAGAACCCCACCCCAACCCUUACAGUAGUGUAGAGCCCCCUUCCUCUUUCGGCUGGUGUAGAAUAGCCAAUAGUGUAGUGCGGUGUGCUUUUCCGUGAUGGCGGGUGGGCGGAGGGCUCCGCGCAGCCAUCUGUCGUUGAAUCCGCCUGCGGCGGCCCGUGCUGUGUUUUGUGCUGUGUCCAUGCGCUGCGGUGACCCGGUCCCCUGUACUGACUCCUAUAAGUGCUUCUCUUCGCAUAGUCAUGUAGCUCCCCACCCACUCCCCUUCCUGUGUCUCACGCAAGUUUUAUACUCUAAUAUUUAUAUGGCUUUUUUUCUUUGAAAAAAAAAAUUAAAAGGUUUCUUCUGAAAGGUU